AUGCAGGGAUCUACCCACACGCCAGACAGGCCCGCACGCGCGGGAAGUCAACGUCGGCACACCACGCCAUCGCUGAGCACGCAGGCUUGGGAGGAAAGCAGAGGUGCUCGGCGGCAACGUGUGGAGGACUCCGACAGCGAAGCAACCCCUGCGUCCAUCGCGGAGGAACACUUCGGGUACUUGGGUUGGAAAUGGAGGGGUAAGCAUUUUUGCUCGAAGCUGCCUCUCUGUCUUUUCCUCAAACUGCACGACCGGGGUCACGGACACAAUAUUGGAACCGGAGCCGAUGUGCUGCGUUGGGUCCGGGAGUGGCUAGCAACGUCUCGUUACAGAGAUGUGGUGACGUUGGAUAGUACGUCCCAGCAGGUCGCCCAGCAUCUGAAAGCUUUGGGUCAGAAGGUAUGCCUUGGACCCACGAAGCUGAAAGGGGUUGGACCGAUUACUUCCAUCACGUUCAACGGGCACUGCGUUCGGAACCACGACGCUCUCCGCAGGUUUACGGCUAUCGGCGCGGAAGGUGAUUUGACGGAGCUUCUCAACGUGGUGUGGCACACGCUUCCUUGCCAAGGCGUCUCUCAGCAGCAUGUCCGGGAGGACGCCAAUAUGCCAGCAGGGGCCGCCGACGUUUUCCCGAGCCUAGUCCGCCAGGCGCAAUGGAACCUCGAGAGUAAUCCGACUUUGCCUUUUGGAGAGCGGGGGAGAUGGCAGAACGCUUUUGUCGAGGGCCUGUUGUCUGGCCCCUCUGGGGUUUCCGGGGUGUUGGGCACCGUCGGGGCUCACAGUGUCCCGGGUCACGGCGGGGUUGGAGGUCACAAGGUGUUUUGGGCGAAAGGAUGUGUUGGAGUUGCCACUCCCUUCCAAGGCCUAAACUCGGUGCCCCGGUGUCAGGGGUGUAGAGAUUUCGUGAGGGAGGCGUUGCGACCGCGGCUAGAGAAUGCAUCGAAGGCCGAGUCCCUCAAGUCGAGCAAGAACCUUUACAUGACCAGCGCACAAAAGGAUCACAAGCUCUGGUCUACGGCAGCUGACCUGAAUAGAGAGCGAAAUGCCACGGCCCGGCUGCGUGAACGGAUCGUUUCAAUGAGGAAGGAGUGCGUUCGCGUUCCUGUGGAACAAGGGGAAGCUCUUCAUAAGUUCCUUGUCGACGCCGAGACGAAGGAGGUGAUACACUCGAGACUCCCUCAGGGAAGCGACCAGAGAUAUUUCUAUGAGGAUCAGGUGAAGUGGAACACGAGUCACGGCAAGGCCAAGGGGUUUCGAUUCCACCCGGCUACGAUGAGACUUGCCAUCUACAUCCAAGGGAUUGCGGGGACUGCGGCGUACAACAUGCUGAUGAAUGUCCUGCACCUGCCUAGCCCUGAACGCAUCAAGCAGCUGCGACGGAACGCGGCUCCUCCUAGGACGGGUGUGCUGACCGAGAACAUCCUGAAAUACGGGAAGCUCGCGGCCACGCAAGACGCUGACAAGGUCGACCUGAUGGGGGUCUUGACGUGGGACCUCAUGCACCUCAACAAGAGCGGUUUUAGUUUCACACCCAAUGGGGGGGGGUUCACGGGCCUCGUGGACGAGACGACGUUCUUCAACCCCAUCUACAAGCACGAGGGGGGGGUUGUAAGGGAAGUAGAGCCAACUCUGGAAAAGUUGUGGCCACGCAAUACGUCGAGGUAG